UGUCUGUUGUUUAGUUAUGGCGCCGGCGACGGAGCCGAGAGGCGGCGGGAACCCGGGUGGGGGUCUCGCCCUGUGCUGACUGCGACCCCGGGGCCGAGUGGGUUAUGGGGGAGCCUGGCUCGUUGGUCACGGGAGACCGCGCCAGUAGCCGGAGUUGGUGCUUGCAGCGAGUGGGGAUGAACGCUGAGUGGCUGCUGCUGGAGGACGGAAGCGAGGUGACUAUAGGGCGAGGAUUUGGUGUCACGUACCAACUGGUAUCAAAAAUUUGCCCUCUGAUGAUUUCCCGAAGCCACUGUGUUUUGAAGCAGAAUGUCGAGGGCCAGUGGACAAUUAUGGACAACAAGAGUCUGAAUGGCGUUUGGCUGAACAGACAACGUCUAGAACCUUUAAAGGUCUAUUCUAUCCAUAAGGGAGACCACAUCCAGCUUGGGGUACCUCUGGAAAAUAAGGAGAAUGCAGAGUAUGAAUAUGAAGUUACUGAAGAAGACUGGGAGAGGAUGUAUCCUUGUCUUGCUCCAAAGAAUGACCAGAUGUCAGGAAAAAAUAAGGGAUUGAGAACUAAAAGGAAAUUUAGUUUGGAUGAAUUAGAGGGUCCUGGAGCUGAAGGCCCCUCAAAUUUGAAAUCCAAAAUAAGUAAAGUAUCUUGUGAAUCUGGUCAACCAGUGAAGUCUCAUGGGAAAGAUGAAGUGGCCAGUCAACCCAGUCAACCCUCUGAACAUUUGGAUCCCAAGUUGACUUCUCUUGAGCCAAGUGAGAAGGCCACAGAAGCCCAUGUUUACCCUGGCUCCACAAAAGUCAUACAGCUUCAUUAUAAGCAGAAAGCUUCAAACCCUUCAGCAUCUCACAGCAGCUUAGAACUGUUCAAGGUGACCAUGUCCAGGAUUCUGAAACUGAAAACACAAAUGCAGGAAAAACAGGUAGCUGUACUGAAUGUGAAAAAACAGACCCAAAAAGGGAACUCAAAGAAAAUUGUGAAAAUGGAGCAGGAGCUGCAGGACUUACAGUCUCAGCUGUGUGCAGAGCAGGCCCAGCAACAGGCCAGAGUGGAGCAGCUAGAAAAGACUUUCCAGGAAGAGGAGCAGCAUCUCCAGGGUUUGGAGAAGGAACAAGGAGAAGAGGACCUGAAGCAACAGCUGGCCCAGGCUCUACAGGAGCAUCGGGCUCUAAUGGAAGAGCUAAACCGCAGCAAGAAGGACUUUGAAGCAAUCAUUCAAGCCAAGAACAAAGAAUUGGAACAGACCAAGGAGGAGAAGGAGAAGGUACAAGCACAGAAGGAGGAAGUUCUUAGCCAUGUGAAUGAUGUGCUGGAGAAUGAGCUCCAAUGUAUUAUUUGCUCAGAAUACUUCAUUGAGGCUGUCACCUUGAACUGUGCCCAUAGUUUCUGCUCGUACUGUAUCAAUGAAUGGAUGAAGCGAAAGGUAGAAUGCCCCAUUUGUCGGAACGACAUCAAAUCCAAAACCCACUCCCUGGUUCUGGACAAUUGCAUUGACAAGAUGGUAGAUAAUCUGAGCUCAGAAGUAAAAGAACGACGAAUUGUCCUCAUUCAGGAACGAAAAGCAAAGAGACUGUCCUGAAGACCAUGCUCCAGGGACAUUGGAAGGACUGCUAGGCAAUGGGAGCUUGGCUUGGGAUGGUCUGGAGGAUUCUCUGCGGUGGGUCUUGCUUCGGCCACUCUGAGAUAGAGCAUGGGAUGGAGCCACAUGGGACAGAGACUGGGUUAGGAAGUCCUCUCCAGCCUCCACGUUGGCCAGCCUUGCUGCCACCACUGUCUGAAGGGCCACUGGUCCUCACCGCACUGACUGCUUCAGGGGACUCGAGAGACUCAGCCUCACUGUGUGUUGAAUGGCUUAUGUAUUUCUGUUCUGCUUUUUAAAUUUAUUGUUGUUACUGUUUUGGUACAUCAGAAACACCUCUGUAGACCUUUGUUUUGGGCAGGUUGGGUGUACCCCCACGGCUGCCCCAAAAGCUAAGGCAGCUUCUCUUGGAGAAGAUGGCAUACCUCUUUGUGAAAACAAGAUGUCAUUUCCUGGAAAUAAAAUGUAAAGCCUAUCAGUUGCGCA